ACGCUCAGCAGAUUCCAAAAACUAUUUUGCUACACUACCGCUGCCAUCGUCUUUCACUGCAUAACCUCCACACAAUCAACCAGCCUGCUUCAUUAAGCAAUCUAUACAUUUACAGAUUUGCUAAAGUAUACACGCAAAAAUGCAGACGCCAAGUCUCCUGCUAGUGUUUACCUUCCUUGCGAUACUUCUGGGAGUUGCUACAUCUCAACCGGCAUCUGAUCAGAACAGGAACAGUGCACCGCUCAUCAUCACCCCACAUCAGGCAGCGGCAGUGGCCCACCCGGGUCCUCUGCAGCAGCUCCUGCAGCCGCAAUGUGCAAAGAUCGACGAACCUCAUGUCGAGCCUGAGAAUUCUCCCGCCACCACCCCUUCAGUUUCUCUUCGCUCUAACCCCAUCUCGCCCCUUUCUGCUCUACACACUCAGGCUAAGGACCUCCACUGUUGUGGUUGUUGCAAUGGAUGUGGCGGCUGUGGUGGUUGUUGUAAUGGGUGCGGUGGAUGCGGCGGCUGUGGCGGUUGCGGCGGUUGCGGAUGCGGCGGUUGCGGAUGCGGCGGCUGUGGUGGAUGCGGUGGAUGCGGUGGUUGUGGCGGUUGCUGCAAUGGCUGUGGUGGAUGCGGUGGAUGCGGUGGUUGUGGUGGAUGCUGCCGCGGUUGCGGUUGUGGUGGAUGCGGUGGCUAUGGAGGCUAUGGCGGUUGCGGCGGUUGUGGUCAGUGUGGUGGUUGCGGAGGUUGCGGCGGCUGCGGUCAGUGUGGUGGGUGCGGUGGAUGUGGUGGCUAUGGCGGUUUAUGGCGGUUAUGGCGGCUGUGGCGGGUGUGGGUGCUGCCGUGGUGGAUGCGGUGGAUGUGGUGGAUGCGGCGGCUGCGGAUGCGGCGGAUGUGGUGGCUGUGGCGGAUGCGGAUGCGGCGGAUGCGGGUGCGGUGGUUGCGGAUGCGGUGGAUGUGGUGGCUGCGGUGGCUGCUGCCGUGGCUAAUAAGAUACGCUCUACUCGCGACCAGCUAGUUCCAGAAAUACGGACAGUGUUGCUACCACAAACUCUCAUUUUUAUCAUUAGAGGCAAUACUUCGAAAUCCGGCUAUUUUCUACAAACCGAUUUUGUCAUCUCCUUAUCAUCGGUACUUGUGUCGAUGGCAGGGAUCAUUAUCACCAAGCCUCGCUCACUUCACUUCAGUCUUUUCUUAUAUCACGCAUAGUUCAUUAAUAUUUUGUGAAUCUAUUAUAAUAUUAGCGCUAUCCAAAUCCUUUUAGGGCCCACAUUGUCACACUUUCCACCUAGAAUUCCGC